AUGAAAUCAAAACAAAAUUCAUUACAUCAUUUAGAAAAAGGCAACAAGUGGAUGCAUAUUGCGAGGUGGAUGACUUUUGAAGAAAGCAUGGAUUAUGUUGUUAAUUUUAAAGCCGAUUCAGAGUAA